UGUCGUAGAUACACAUCACGAAUUCACGAUAUUGGAGAAAAGUUCGAAAUUUUUAAUUUUAUGCAGUCAAAAAUAGCACAGGAAGCAUUAUAGAAGUUUGUUUUGCUACACAAACAGCUAUGGCUUUAACAGUGGACAAAUUAAUGAACGACGAAAGAUUUAGCGGUGACAGUGUCCUACAUUUCCUCCUGUAUCUACCGUUUGGUAUAUUACUAUUGACAUUCAGAGUGUUCUUGGCGCUGGUACUAUGGGUCGCGUCAAUAAUAUUGCCGAACAAAUCAGCAGUCAGACAAAUGCUGUCUACACUUGCAUGCUGGACAUUUGGUGUUUAUGUGAAACUAAAGGGUACCCGUGACCCGCGCUGUAGUGUUCUGGUGGCCAACUACGUGUCUUGUCUAGAUUCCCUAGCUGCCUCCCAUGUGCUUGGUACAAUCAGCCUCAGAAAAUGGAAGGUGCCGCCAUUUUUUGCCUCUACUCUGGGCAUAAAGAAUGCAGCACAAUUUGUGAGGAAACAACACUUCGCCGAGAGUCCCAGUAAGCCGGUGCUGCUGCAGCCAGAAGGAGGCCCGACCAAUGGCAAGGGACUGCUCAAGUUCUCCGAGUGGCCUUUCCCAGUCGGCAACAAGGUGCAACCUGUCGCUAUCAGCGUGGAGCGUAUGUUCACGAACGUGUGCGUGCACGGCGCGGGCGAGGGCGUGUUCCCGUGGAGCGACGCGCUGUGGUUCCUGUGGUCGCCGCUGACCGUGUACACGCUGCGCCUGCUGGCGCCGCUGCCGCCGCAGCACGACGACGCCGCGCUCGCCGUCAACGCGGCCGACGCCAUCGCCGACGCUCUAAAGAUUGAAAAGACAGAAUUCAAAUGGGAGGAGUUAUGUCGCGGGCGCCGCAGAGUGGUCCGUCGCCAGGUACCCCCUGAUGUAAGCAGACUGGCGCGGCAGGUGAAGGAAGUGUUGCCUCGCGUGCCUAUUAAUGACAUACUCCGGGAUCUUGCGUCAACACGUAGCGUAGACGUUACAAUAACGAACUUCCUGGAAGGUGUGACUCCAUACACGCCGGAGCCCGAGUCGGCACCGGAGCCCCAGGCCUCCACGUCACAAGCUCAGCCUCGCUACGUCAUCCCCACUCCCACAGGCGUCUUCCCAAAGAGUGCGAAGGAGAGACAGCUUAGCUUCCAAGAACGAAAGGCUCAGAUGAUUGCUGAAGCCAGAAAAAGAUAUAUUGAGAAGAACGGACUCAAUGUGGCUUUGAAUAACUGUUGAAUGUAAUUGUAAGUAGUUUGGUUGUUUAUUGGGAGACGUUCAACCAAUUGGGGAGUAGAUUCGCGACAUCUUGAUGGGGGAGGAUCGUUUGUGUGGACGCAAUUCAAGAGACACUGCACUUUAUAGUAAUACAAACACACGGUUAGGAUGUAUGUCUCAAAAUUGCUGUAAUAAAGGUACCAUAGCAUAUUCAAGUUAAUACUGGUGACUUUUGCUCAUCAAGCAUCUGUGUACUAUGAGUGUGAAGUAAAAUAUCGACAUUUCAAGUGGCAAUUUUUUUAAAACAUGUUCUUCCAAUUGCCAACUGCCCACGGGUUAAAGUUCCAAAUUGUAAAAGUAGAUCUCAUUCAAAACUGUUUUUUGUGGGUAGCAGUUGAAAGGUAUAAUAGUAACUAAACUCACGUGGUAUUGUAAAAAAGACUUACAGCUUAAGAAAUAAGGUCUUAAAUCCUACUAAAACUAAGAAAGUACGUAAAUAUAAUUGUCUUGAUCCCAAUUAGACAACUGAACUACAACAAAGGAUGGCAGAACGGACAGAUAAUGUUAAUGAAAGGGAAACAUAGGAUAGUUUGUGCCUAAAUAGGUUGAUUAACGUUAAACUUAAAUUGAUCUAACUGCCCGUCUACAUUACACUUAUGUAAGUUUUAAAAUCACAAACAAUUAGUAAAAAUGUUACUUGAUAAUAUAUUUUUAAUUAAAUGUUAACAGAAUAAUUGUAAUGUAGAUGACGUAUUAGUUGUCACGUCAUAUUACGAGUCCUUCCAAAGUGAUGACGUACUUGAAGUUUUAGUUUUAUAGUGAAAUGUAUGGUAGAUCCAAUAAUCAUAUAAUUUUUAAUUUUUAAAUAUAGCUAUUGACAGUUGUAUGGAAAUUAUUUUAUAUUUUUUUUGUGGUAACAUUGAAGGUUGUUCGAUAUUCUUUUUUUCUGGCAACAUUAGCCAUUUUUUUUAAUAGUAAGACAUUGUCUAUAUAUUGACGUGUGCUAGGAUAUUUGAUAACUUGUGUUCCUGAAAUUUUAUUACUAUAUUAUUUUCAUGUGACGUACCUAGGGCAAGUCAAUGUAGUAGAAUUUAUAUUUCUUUUGUUAUUCUUAUAAGUAAUUAAUUAUAUUUUGAUUCGGGCUCAGUCGGGGUUGGGUCGCGAAAAACUAACAAGAAAAACGUUGCUCGAUAAUCAUUUUUCUAAUCCGCAAGUGUAUUAAAUUCAUGACUGAUAUUUAGUAUUUAAAAUGUUGAAUAAUACUCUUUUUAUUGAAGUUUUGGUAAAACAAAUUAUAAAUUUUUUACCUAGUCCUUUCUUAAAGAGGCUUUUGACCAGACUUUCAAACUAUUUUAAACUGAUUUUAAUUAAAAGGUAAUUAAUUAUUAAUUGUGAUUUGAGAGUUUGGUAGUGAAAUUAUAUUAUUUAAAUAUGCUCAAUGCUCCGACUGAAGCCUUAUUUAGUACGGAAUUGAAUAUUUUGCGAAAUAUAUAAUUAUAAUAUAGAAAAUCAAAGAUUAUUUUUCUUAUGGUAAUCAUAUUAACUUCCGUGUGUACAUACUUCUUUAUAUAUAUGAAUUAUUAUAUAAAUUAUAUAAAAUCACGCCUGAAUGUAAGUUCAAACGUUAUAGAACUGAUUUU